CUUCCAACCCCGAGACGCCAUUUUGGAAGAAAGUUUGGAAUUUUCUGUCACAGGAAGAAAAGGAGGGAUACCAGAAGAAGUUUGAGUCGAAGGAAUACAAAUGUAUUUGCCGAGAAAAUGUACGAAGGAUAAGUUUGCGAAACAGAGUGAAUAAGUCGUGGAGGCACGGCCUGAGUUUACAUGUGCCACUGAACUGGAUUUAGAGUUUGAGUUAUUUCAAAGCCCGCACUGCUUGCAAGCUACGUUGGACACCAAUGCAUGCACGGAUUGACUGGUUUUAGCCGAUUGGGACACGCGUUUCUCUACUUUGUAUGGAUUUUAACGGGCAUUCGGACCUAGUUAGAAAAAUACCAACCAUUGCAUAUGUGGUGUCGUCACCUCUUUGCCGCUGUCAGGUUCAAAGAUGUGCAGCUGUCAGCUAGCUGGUUGCGUUUUUAGUUUGUAACCGAACGCCGACUCUGUAAUGUUACUGUCGUUUCUCAUUUUGUAUCACAGUCACAUCUUUUCCUUGACAGUUCGUGGGCAAAAUUAAAGCUGAACUUGUGGUUUCAGUGUAGAGAUUUUCAUGCCCCUUGGAUACCAGGAGAGUGAAAGUGUUAUAUUAUAUUGCGUGUUCCCUGAAAACAUUUAUCUGCGCGCGACUGGUGAAAGAGCUAGCUGGCUAGCAAGCUACAUAUUGUCUCGAGACUGCCUAAUCAUGCCAGUACGAAAGAAAGAUGCACAGCGAGCCCUGUCACUCUUGGAGGAAUAUCGCACUAAACUUAACCACGCUGAGGACUGGCAACUGAGACUCUCCAUCCAGAGGGUCAUCGACAUCUUCCAGAGUAACCUUUUCCAGGCACUCAUAGAUAUCCAGGAAUUUUACGAAGUGACCUUAUUGGAUAAUCAGAAAUGUGUGGAGUCCCCGAAGAUGUCGGAGCCCAUGCCGCCGGUCAACCUGUGGGAUUUCUCUAGCCUCCAAAGCACAACGGUGACCUCAGACACUCUGCCAAGCCUUAGCACCAGCAUAGAGAAAUUCAGGCACCACGAUGAGGACACGUCUCCCCAGGAGCAGAGCUCCCCCCAGCUCACUGACGAGGUCCCUGGCCCCGAGCUGGUCCAGGUGGCCGAGAAGAACCUUUCCCAGAUUGAGAAUGUCCACGGCUACGUGGCCCACGCGCACAUCUCACCCAUGAAGGUAGCUUCUCUGGAAUGCAUCUUUGACGGGCCGUCCACUUUAGGGCAGCAGGAGCUCCCUCCCCCCUUGCCCACCGCCCCAUACUCCCAAAGCCACGAGGUGUCCCUCCUUCCCACCUGCUCUUCCUCAACUUCCUACCCCAAAAGCCAGGCACCAUUCAAGCAGACAGAUGCCGCCCCGCCUUCCUCUCCCAUAAUCCCCGUGAUCCCAAUCUCGCCCAUCCCAGCUGAGACCGCUCCUGUCAUCCUUCCUCCGACGUCACAGGCGAACCCUCCCCCUGUCGUGGUUAAUACAGACAGUUUGGACACGCCUCCAUAUGUAAACGGAACAGAAGCGGAUUAUGAAUAUGAGGAGAUCACGCUCGAACGGGGUAACUCUGGGCUGGGUUUCAGUAUCGCGGGGGGAACGGACAACCCCCACAUCGGUGAAGACCCCAGCAUCUUCAUCACCAAGGUCAUCCCUGGGGGGGCGGCGGCCCAGGACGGACGACUCCGGGUCAACGACGUCAUCCUGCGGGUGAAUGAGGCGGACGUGCGGGACGUGACCCACAGUCGGGCGGUGGAAGCUCUGAAGGAGGCCGGGUCGCUGGUGCGCCUCUACGUCCGCCGGAGGAAGCCUGUCUCCGAGAAGGUGAUGGAGAUCAAGCUAGUGAAAGGACCCAAAGGUCUUGGUUUCAGUAUAGCAGGGGGAGUGGGGAACCAGCACAUCCCAGGGGACAACAGCAUCUACGUCACCAAAAUCAUCGAAGGAGGAGCUGCACACAAAGACGGGAGGCUACAGAUAGGAGACAAACUUCUGGCUGUGAACAGUGCUUGCCUUGAGGAGGUGAGCCACGAACACGCUGUGACUGCCUUGAAAAACACCCCCGACGUGGUCUACUUGAAAGUAGCAAAACCCAACAGUGUCUUCAUGAAUGACAGUUUCGCCCCGCCUGACAUCACCAACUGUGAGUUUCCACUUUCCUACUCCCAACACAUGGAGAACCAUAUCAGCCCUCCCAGCUACCUGGGCCAGCCCCUUCCCCCUGUGGCCCCGUCAGGACGCUACUCGCCAACCCCCAAGAGCAUGCUGGGAGAAGAAGUCACCAGAGAGCCCAGGAAGGUGGUGCUCCACAGAGGGGCGACGGGCCUGGGCUUCAACAUAGUGGGUGGAGAGGAUGGAGAGGGCAUCUUCAUCUCCUUCAUCCUGGCAGGGGGACCUGCAGAUCUGUGUGGCGAGCUGAGGAAAGGAGACCGCCUCGUCUCUGUGAACGGGGUGGACCUCCGCAGCGCCACUCACGAGCAGGCGGCGGCGGCACUGAAAAAUGCAGGGCAGACUGUCACCAUCGUGGCCCACUACAGACCAGAGGAGUACAGUCGAUUUGAAGCCAAGAUCCACGACCUGCGAGAACAGAUGAUGAACAGCAGCAUCAGCUCGGGGUCGGGCUCGCUGCGGACCAGCCAGAAGAGGUCACUCUACGUUAGAGUCCUAUUCGACUAUGACAAGACAAAGGACUCAGGGCUCCCCUCUCAGGGGCUCAACUUUAAAUUCGGGGACAUCCUGCAUGUGGUGAACGCCUCAGACGACGAGUGGUGGCAGGCACGGCAGGUGACCCCGGAGGGCGAGGCAGAGGAAGUGGGUGUCAUCCCCAGCAAGAGAAGGGUGGAGAAGAAAGAGAGGGCGCGGCUAAAGACAGUCAAGUUUAACUCAAAGUCGCGAGACAGAGGGCAGUCACUCAAUGACAAGCGUAAAAAGAACCUAUUUUCCCGAAAGUUCCCUUUCUACAACAAGGAUGCAAGCGAGCAGGAAACGAGCGAUGUUGACCAACACGUCACUUCCAAUGCCAGUGAUAGUGAAAGUAGUUACCAGGUCUUCACGGGUCCACCAGACCCGAAAUUCCAAGAUUGGACCCGGGACCGGUCUUCUGUUAAUUUAAUUGGUGGUCAAGAGGAGUACGUGCUGUCAUACGAGCCAGUCAGUCAACAGGAAGUGAACUACACCCGUCCAGUGAUUAUUCUCGGUCCCAUGAAGGAUCGGGUAAACGACGACCUGAUAUCGGAGUUCCCCGACAAAUUUGGGUCCUGUGUACCCCACACAACCAGACCUAAGCGGGACUAUGAGGUGGACACCAGGGACUACCACUUUGUGGUGUCCAGGGAGCAGAUGGAGAAGGACAUCCAGGACCACAAGUUUAUCGAGGCGGGCCAGUACAACAACCACCUGUACGGGACCAGCGUACAGUCGGUGCGUGAGGUGGCAGAGAAGGGCAAACACUGCAUCCUAGAUGUGUCGGGCAACGCCAUCAAGAGGCUGCAGCUGGCCCAGCUCCAUCCCAUCGCUGUUUUCAUCAAACCCAAGUCUGUGGAGAACAUCAUGGAGAUGAAUAAGAGGCUGACGGAGGAGCAGAGCAGGAAGACCUUUGACAGAGCCACCAAGCUGGAGCAGGAGUUCACCGAGCAUUUUACAGCCAUUGUUCAAGGAGAUACCUUGGAGGAGAUCUACGAGCAAGUCAAGCAGAUCAUAGAGGAACAGUCUGGCCUGUUCAUAUGGGUGCUAUCCAAGGAGAAAUUAUGAAGAGGUCACAACACUUUCUACUCCCCUGUCGUCCUCCUCUCCUUUUUAUUUAUGAUUUAUGCCCUGUUCUGCUGAAACUGGAAACACUACCCUACCACCUCCAAAACGGUUCGAACCUUAUCACCCCCCUUUUCCUCAAUCGCCCUCCUCUGCCAGGCUUCUCUCAUGACCUAAGUCUUCGGUCCCACCGACCGAGAAGUGACAGUGACGGCCAGUGAUGUUGACAACGAAUAGCCAGACCAGCAGAGCAAAGCACAGAGGGGCAGAUGAUGUUGUUGAAAUGGUACAGUUCCUUAAUGUUUAAAGGAGGUGACUUUCAAAGAAAAAAGGAAAGUGAAAGAACUUUUUAAUGGCUUAAGGCUUAAUAGUACCUCCGAUUUAAGUCUAGUUAUUUUUCGGCCGAAGACGAAGGAAGUUCAGGCAUUAGAUUAUAAGUAGCGGAAACACAAAGCAAAACGUUGCACGUGAUAGCUUUAACAGCAUGUCUUUUUAGUACCUUUUUCCACUUUCUUUUACCCCCCAACCGUCAUCCUUCAACAUAUUUAUCAUAGUACUCUUAUUUUUUUUUAACACAGUUGUAUUCACUUUCCCCCCCGCUCCUUACUAGUGUAUCCAUGUUAGAAAGCCAUUGAAUUUUGUGUCUUUGAGUGGCACACAGAUGUUUCUUGUGCGGCACCUGAUUGAACAGGGUUCUUCAACUCAAGUCCUGGAGGGUAGAGUGUGUGUAGUGUGUCCAUUCAAAGGGUUUAACGCUGACCUCUGCUCUUAACAAGAACUGUGUGACGCAAACAGCAUUACUGUUUGUACUGUUGUAAUUAUCGUUUGCAUCCUACAUGUGUGUUUGAUUCCUGGAAUAAUAUUGACAUUUUCAUAAGCAAAAUGUGAUAUCGCUCCUACUAAAACACAUACUUCCCUCUAGAACUUGAGUUUGAGAUCAGAUCAGUGUAAGAACUAUGGAGACUUUUUAAGCUGUGUCUUGCUGUUUAAAUGACCAUCUUUGAUCGUUUUAAUUGUUUUUGAGAGUGCUUUUACAGAUGCGAAAGUAAGGAACUGCCAUUUUUAGGUGUCCUUAGGUUUGUCAGCAAAAUGCAGAUGCAAAAAUGUAACAACUUUAUUGUACAAUGAGAUUUUAACAUAUAUUUAACCCUCCGUAAACUGCCUAUUUUGUUAUAAUAAAAGUCUAUAUUGAACUUUACUUAAACACUAAUACUAUGGGAAUUAUUUUGAUUGCAUUUUUAAUCAUAUAUAAAUAAAAAAGUAUAAAAGAUAUUUAAAUAUAAAAAUAUAUUUUUUUGUUUUCUUUUACCACCACCUCCUUUAAAAAUGUUUUUUUUUAAAGAAAUUAUUAGUCUACAUCAGAAAAACGAUUAUUCUAAUACAGUGCUCCCUUAUUGUGGUUCUAAAGAACCUAUGGGUAUGCUCUUUCCCCCUACAACUAAUACCUCAAUUAUUGAUUAAACUGUGAAAUUAUGAACAGGGUGUCACUAUUGUGAAACAUUAUCCCUGUUUCAAGUUUGAGGUGUAAGGUGAAGUUGCUCCUAGACGCUGAUCUUGGGUCAGUUUAGCAUUUUCUCCCCAAUGGUUAAGGUUAGGAUUGAUGGAGGGGAAGCUGAUCCUAGAUCUGCACCUGGGGGAAACUUCACACCGGAGCAGUUAGUCUCUACUGUACCAGGACUAUAGAGACCACUUCCCCUGCCCAGGUAAAACCCAUGUUUUAGAUUGGAGAGCAAUCUCAGAGAGGGCCACUAUGGCAGCUAGAAUCCUCCCGUGUCCUAUUAUAGUAACCGACUAGUUGUCUUUACAUCAUGUGAUGGCCUACAAGAUUUAGAAAAAAAACGAUGUAACCCAUAAAAUUACAGAUGACUAGAAGAAAUAUAACAAAAAUAUUAAAUAACAUUUGUUUAUUACACCUGCCAAAUGUUUAAAGGCCCUGACUUGAAAACAACACAGCUUCACGUAAGGAAUGUAGUGGCUAUUCUUGAGUGUUUUUUUCCCAGAAUGCAAUGAUGCCGGUUCUAUCGUAGAUAUGGGAACUGAAGGUCCAGACUUGACCCAUUGGACUUUUUUUUAUAGACUUCGUUCAACGGAGGGCUCUACACAUGGCUUGUGUCCCUCAGCGAGGCCUCCCCCAUCCUCGCCUUCAAGAUAACGGCUUUUUCUACACUACAAAACUGCUUCUUCCAUCACUUCACCACCUCCACUUUUCUUCAGAAUUUUUGGGGACUGUCUGGAAACAUGUAAAUAACCUACCGAUUCUCAUUCAUUCCAUUAAUCAGAGAGGAGAACGGCUCAUAAUUGAAUAAAAAAAUAUAACAUUUCUCAUACAACUUA